GUUACGUUCAGUUCUGUGUGAAGCAGUGUGAAGGGGGCCCAGUGUUGGUGAUCCGUUUAUUCAUGGUCGCUGCCAAAAAUCACGUUUAUUUUCUCGUCAAUAUAUAUAUAUUUAUAUAUGAGUGAAAGUGAACACUAAAUACGUGGACAAAGUUAUUUUAUUCAAUUGUUGUACAUAAGUUGUGUGAAUGUUGGAUACCGAGAGCAGACACAGCACUGGGCUGGAUCAGGGACCAACAAGGGACCCUUGGCUCACCAUGGAUUACUACCUUGGAACUGAUAGUCUUUCCCUUCAAGAGAUGCUUGAUGUUGAUAUCAAAUGCGAGAUUGAAAGUGUAAUCGGUGGUCAUCCAGAGCUUGGAUUCAAUUUUACGGAUUUAUCGCCCUUGGAGCUUGAUGACGAUCCAGUUGGCUGUCAGGGAGAUCUUAAUAAUUGGCUUGGAUCUGCCAGUUUACUUAAUGGCAACAGUAAUAGCUCACAGAGUAAUUUCAACCUUGAUCUCAGUGGAGGUGAUGCUUCAACAAUAAUGGUAAACCCAAAUUCUGUGAUGCCACAUAUAAUCAGUCGAACUUCAACGACAAAUACCAAAGCGAUUCCGGCGAGAAGAAAUUUUUCGUUCCCUAAAAAUGAUAUAAAAGAAGAAAAAACUGAAGAUAGUGGUGAUUCAGAAAUUAUCAAUGAAAUGGUUAAUCAAUCUUAUGAAAAUGACAUAACUGAGACAGAAGGAGAAGAGGAUGAUGAUGAGGAUGAAGAAGAUGAUGAAGAUGCCGAACAGGAUGUAGAUGAUGACAAUGAUGCAGAAGAGGAUGAUGAGGAGGAUGAAGAAGAUGAGGAGGAAGAUAUACAAGAAAGAAAAAUAGUGAAAGAAUUUGAUGAUGUGCAAGAAUAUGAAGCAGCAGCAUUAAUAAAUUCAAGGCCAGGAAAGCCUAAACACCAAAAAAUUUAUCCAAAAACAAUUACGCCUGUAAAAACAUUGUCACCUAUUCAGACAGUGGGUAAAAUGAAUAGCUCUAAAGUAGAUCUGCGAAUGGGAAAUUUUAAAUUUGUUCAAAAUUCUAAUGGUACAGUUAUGCAACAUGCAAAAAAACAGAUUUAUAAUAACAAUAUUCACACGUCACCCAGUAAUAACUGUACGAUGACCAUGAAGAGGGACAAAGAUUUUACUGUUGAUUUAUCAGAAUAUGACGAAAAACCUUAUCCAAAACCAGCCUACUCUUAUUCUUGUCUUAUCGCCAUGGCAUUGAAAAAUAGCCAAACUGGCUCAUUGCCAGUUUCAGAGAUAUAUAAUUUUAUGUGCGAACAUUUUCCGUAUUUUAAAACUGCUCCAAACGGAUGGAAAAAUUCUGUGAGGCAUAAUCUUUCUUUGAACAAAUGUUUUGAAAAAAUAGAGAAACCAGCGGGUAAUGGAAACCAGAGGAAAGGUUGUCUGUGGGCCAUAAAUCCUCAAAAAGUCGCUAAAAUGGACGAAGAAGUUCAAAAGUGGUCGAGAAAAGAUCCAUUAGCCAUAAAGAAAGCUAUGAUAUAUCCAGAUCAUUUGGAGUUACUUGAACGUGGUGAAAUGAAAUAUGCAGGAAGUGGCGGGGAUGUAUCUGAAGAAACUGAAAGUUCUGGUGAUGAAACUGCUGAAGAAAAUGUAACUUAUGAUGAGCCGUCGCUUGGACAUACUGCUACAAAUUCUGUAACAGACAGUUACGAUGAAAGUAGCCAAGAUUGUGAUAUAGAUAUUUCUGAGCAUGUAUAUGAUGAUGUUGACAUUGACGACAACAAAGACGCACUUCAUAUGCAACUUAAUAUUACAAAACAAGAGCAAUUUGCAUAUGAAUUAAGUCCUAGUAUAAAACGACAAAAAACAGUAGCUGGUACCAUUCAGGGAAAUUAUGUCUAUCAGUCAGUACCAGCAUCUCGACGGAAGACACCUCUGCUUGUAAGAACAAGCGCUUCUACUGGUGCAUUUCUCAAAAUUGAAUAGAUCUCUCGUUUGAUAUUACUUUUUACCAUUUUUUCAUACAAAACUUCUCUUAAAAUUAAAAAAUAUCCUGAAAAAGGAUACAAAUUUUAUAUAAAAGAGGAAUUCAUUUAUCUGGUAUUGCUUGGUAUUAUUUUUAUACAUCGUAACUGUAUAUUUUAUGUAUACAGAAAGUAACUUAAAAAAAAAGCAAAAAAAUUGUGUACAUAGUUGUCAUGCAUUUUACAUUAAUAUUAAAUCGUAACAUAAUGAUAAUAGAAAACAUAGAAUGAAAAAAAGGUAUCGAUAAUUGAGUAGUUUUAAUAAAAUUGAAUAUGAUGAUAGGCUGAUUGAAGCGUUACUUAACGGCAAGUUGAGAUGCUAACUAAUGUGUCCUUCAGCGUAAUUGCCGUAAUAAUAAAUUAAUUUUACAAAGUCAAUUCAGUCGAGAAAGUCGAGAAUAAUAGACUAGAAAACAGUUUAACAAUUACGCACAAAAUGUUCUUCCAGAUAAUCAUCAUUUUUCUUGUUAAAUUAAUUAUUUAUUCAAUACCAUUUUUCUAUCUUUAUCUGCCAACUAGAGUGUAUCGUUUAAAUUAUUAAAUCUAUAAUUAUUACAUACUUAAACUGGGUUUAUACUAUAACAUUGUUUAAGUAUUCAUUUUUCUAUUGAUAAUCACACUUUGUAAUUGGUUAUUUUUCAUGAAAAUUAUGUAAAACGUGUAAAACGACAUAUAAGUUAAUUAAACCUAAGCUCAAGUAAUAUUUGGCCGAUGCAAUGGCCAGACUGAUGUAAUAUACUUCACAUUUCACUGAGACUAGAUAAUAGGGUAAAAAAUGGUUGUUUUUGGAAUCAUUUUUUAUUUUAUAUCAUUUUCUUUUAUAAAGUUUCAAUAUUAUACAUGUAGGUUUCACAAAUAUACAGUACAAAAAAUCAAGAAUCAGCGAUUCUGAAUUGUAAAAAAGCUUAAAAUAAUUAAUUAAAAAAAAAAAUGUAAAACAAUCGAAUAUUGAUAAUUUUAAUAAGAAAUAUUUUAAUUUAGGUCUAUAGAAAGUAUAAUCAAUUGUUUAAAAAUAUUUGGACAAAAAAAAAAAAAAUUAACAGUGAUUCAAUGCUUGAAAAUAUUUUUUGUCUAAUAAUUUAAGUAAACAAAGUCACUAAAUUGUUAUUUUGAAAUAAUUUAUUGGGUUAGUAUCCAUUGAAUUAGUGAUAUAAUAAUACUUUGAAAUAAUUGAAAUAAAUAAAAAAUCAAAAAAUUUGACCAUUAUUAUUGCGUCACAAUCGUAAGUACAAUAUUAUAAUUAAAGUUGAUAAGAAUAGUAAUGUUUCUCGUUAACCACCGAUUUUGUGAUCCAUGGUAAUAGCAUUGAAAAAA